AUGGGCAACUGUUGCCGGAGCCAAUCUUCUACAAUGGUCUUCGUAGGAGACGAUUGGGGGUCCUUCAGUUCUAAGCACGGCCGUGGCCGCGGCGGAAACGCCACAACCUCCGGCGGCGAUCCAGAGAAGUAUAGACUACUUGGAGAGAAAGAAGCAGCGUCGUGUUCGCAGCCGCAAGUGAAAAUCAAGAUGUCGAAGAGAGAGCUUGAGGAUCUGGUGAAGAAGCUGGAGAUGCAAGGCAUGAGUCUAGAACAAGUUAUUGGCCGGAUGGUGAUGAACGGUGAAGAUGAGUUUGAAGUUGAGCAUCAUCGAUCAUGGAGGCCUUCCCUUCAAAGCAUUCCAGAGGAUUACUGA